UAUUAUUAUGUACAAACACUAUUACACUAUUUCGUCGGUUGCCCUUUUGAUCACAAUUAUAGACACAUGGAUUUAUAUCUAGCAACCAACCAAGAGGCAUGGAAAAUUAAAGAACUAACCUCAUUUGAUAUAUACAUAUAGAAUCCAUCGAAAGCCUGCUCAUCAACCAGGCGUCAAUCCCAAGUACUUCUCCCUCGAUCGAUCUCCAUAUAUAAUCUCCAUUUAUUACACGCACACUCACUCACACACUCACUCCUUCCUUCUUAAUCGCUAACAACUAGCUAUUUCAGGUAUGUAUAUGCGCACAUCUCUCACUGUCUUUAUCAGUAUUUUCCCAUUUUUCAGUAAAUCUUGAUCACUUGUUCAUGAUGAUCAUCAGGGUUGAUCUUGAGUUUUGCUUUUUAAUUGCAAAUCUUGGUCUAUUUGUUUCUAAUUUUCCAUUUCUUGAAAUUCUGGCAUAUUUAUAUAUAGAUUCAAGCAGGGAGAGUAUAUACCUGCUAUAGUUCUUGAACAUGCCUUGCAGAACUCCGACAAGAAAGGAGAAAGAACUGAUUGGUGUAGAAGAUGAUCAGAAUGAUAAUAAUCCACAGGUGAUGGCUUCUUGUUUGGACAAAGUAGCAGCCUUGAAAAAGAAGCAGCAUGACCAGCAGCAGAAAAUGGGUUUUCAUCAUCAUCAGUUAACAGAUGACAGCAGGUCUCAAACCCUCUCCAUGUUUAGGAAAUAUCUUUGCUCCAAAACUCAAAACUCUAUCGUUGGAAAAACCAUUAUGGAAGAAUCAGAAGUCAUCAAGAAGAAGCAUGCAGCUACAGGUCGCCCUCUACCGCCUCCUAAAUCCGGUGGCCAUAUGCCUCGCCAAGCUUCUCUCCUUGAACAGAAGUUGCUUCCUGGAAUUAGGAAUGAAGGGAUGCAGUCUGAAUGCGAUGGAAAGUCUUCAGCAGCACAACUCACAAUAUUCUACGCAGGGGCUAUCAAUGUGUAUGACAAUGUUCCUGCUGACAAGGCACAAGCCAUUAUGCUGCUUGCUGGUGAAAGCUCUAUGUCAAAACCUGUUGCUGUAGAACUACCAAGAAUAGAAACCAAGAAAUCACCUCUUCAUUGUUCGAAUUUAACAUCAGUCAGCAAGUUACAACCAGGUAGGGAUAUAUAA